GAGCUGUGCGGGAGGCCGUGUGCUGAGUGCAGUCAGCGCCAGUGAUAGGUAUUUAUGAUAAAUUAGCGACAAUUAUGCCGGGCGCUAGCGAAUCGGAGGUAUUGCUAUACUCACUGCCAAGGCUUGUGUUUACACAAGAAUCUGUAGAAACAGUCGGCCUACAGCUCCAUACGUAACCCCACGGCCUCCCCACGCUGUACAGCCAACACAAUCCGGCUAACACGCUCAACAGUCUCACUCAGCCCAGUCACGUGACCGAAUGGGUCUCUAGCUAUGUGUGGUCACGUGACCCUUGUUGUGUGCGCGCUGACCAGUCUACUGGUCUUGGUAUCGUGUGUCCGUGACUGUUCGUCACCUCCGACCAACCUGGAGAGCUACACGUCCCGGCUCGAGAAGUUCAAGGCAACACAGGUUAUAAAGAGCAGAAUUCUGGGAGGGCUCGGUUACAAAGAUCGACCAUUUCCCGCUACAUCACUGAAGAAGUCGUCUGCGUGUCACCUUUUAAAUAUCGUUAAUGAUGACGACUCAACGACCAACUCUCCAAAGGGAGACUACUACGCCGAACUACAGGAAAUGAUCAGCUUUUCGGAGCCAGCAGAUAGUUUCCAUGACGACAACAUAAUACAGUUCAAAGUGGUACGAGACAGCCAAGGAAGAAAAUUGGAGGUCAAAAGCGCCAAUGUUCUUGUAAAACUGAAAUACAGAAGCUCUAAAAAACGAGGUCGGACAUCUUGUAGACCUAAGAAUAGACGUUCUGACGUCAAGAAGAAAUACCGCAGAUCAGGUUGUAAAAUAAAAAUUGUAUUAUCAACUGUUAAUGAGGACGGAACAUCCGGUGAGGAAGUGACGUCAUUACGUGCGGAUGUCAAGAAAACACAUUGGUUUAAGUUAGGAAUACCAAAACAACUUGUAGAAAGUGCAAUGCUUUCAAAACAUCAGAUUUUGAAACUGCAUAUUCUUUGUCGCGGGUGUAGGCGAAGGAUUCAGCUUGUUCUUGUUCAUGGAAGUCGGCGUCGGCGGAAGUCAAAGGGUGAGAAACGUAAGGGGUCAAUGCGUGUUAUGCGACCUCGUAAACGACCCAAAAGACGCCUCAGCCGGACACGUCCAUUUCUGAUUCUGCACACAAAGGUGGAAACAUAUAUCCGGUCGCGACGCGACACUUCCGGUGAUGAGGGAACAUGUACGGGACAGGAUUUGUGCUGUAAGUCAGACCUAGUGUUUAAUUUUCAUGAGAUUGGCUGGAAUGACUGGAUUCUGUAUCCCGCCUCAUUUACAACCGGAAUAUGUUCCGGGGCGUGCCCAGUCGUCCCACGGGUGUCACAGGACCAAAUAACAUCAGAACAUGCAAACUGUAGCGCUAUACAACUUGCUCCGUUAAGGAUGAUGUACUACGAUACUAGUGGGAAUAUAUUGACGAGCUCCCUGCCUAAUAUGAUAGUUGAGCGCUGUGGGUGUCGCUAACGCAUUUCCCUGUCCAAUUACUUAAAUCUAAUCCAGAAUUACGUACAACUCAGGUUGUAGGAAGCCAUUUUGAGUUCCACCAAACCGUUGUGUGGAAAGGAAGCUACUCUUCCAUACGAGACUAAAGAACAAGCUAUACAGCUACCACUGUCCUUUAGCAGUCUGUAACUGUUUGGACCACAGUCUACGUAUAAAACGACCGCUUUUAAACGGCCUACUUUUCCAACAUAGCUCUCUGGUUUUCUUCCGUCUAACUUUUCACACAGAAUGCUUCUUUUCAUGCUACACAUUGUAGCUAUUUGUUUUUCCGCGUUACAUCCAGUCUGUUUCAUCUGGGGGUUUUUUGACCUCGCAAAAAGGUCAUAUUUCGUCGCACGUGCUAGAAUUUCACACGUCUCCGUAUUUCAUCUUUUUCCAAAAAUAUCACAAUUCAGAACAUUACCCUUAACUUUUGAUUUGCUACCGAUCCCACUACACACUUUUAAAUUUCCUCUCGGUUUACUCUUCUCUUUUCUCGUGUUACCAUAAUUCCCUGUGAGUUGCCCGCUCCGUUAGAUUGUCAUCGUAAGUCAAUAUAAUAUGGCUUUAUAAUUUGAAAUCUGCAGAUAGCCCUCUCCGGUGCAUUACUCGCGGGAUGUCUGCUUCGUAAUUAAGUACAAGUUAACUAUCAGGGGAAAGAAACCUCGCCGAGACUUUAGCUCUCACAUUUGAGACUGUUUUGCCUUGACAAGUGAACAAUGUUAAUAAACUUACUUUUAGGUAUGCUUGUGAGUAUUUGUUUUCUUAAUACGUCGACGCACAGCUGAAUGUACCAUUCAUAUUUCGGACGUUAACAGCAAUGUCGGUACCUGAAAGUACCAUUGAAAGACAAAAAGUUAACUUGGAUUUGACAAGUAAAGCAUUGCCCGCGGUGUUUAUGUUUUUGGGGAAACAUUUUGUCAGAUAUCCCGCCCGCUUCAUCAGCAAGCCCACAAAAGGUAUUUUGUGUUUUAGAUAAUAUAAAACGCGGGCAAUACACAAGAAAAUACGGUACAUCUCGCACAGCAAAUCUUCAUUCUAACGUAAACCACGUCCGCUUCAGAAGUCACACUUUCAGUCUUUAUCGUUACUCUUCCAGUCUUGUGUUUCUUCCGUCUUCAUUGUUAAACUAGCUUCUUUCAUUUAAAAAUUCGAACUGUUGGCUCACAAGCAUGACCUUAGUUUGUAUGCCUUCAAUAUCACAGAUUAACUGAAAUCUCCAUCUUUGAAUCUCGGAUAUUGUUUAGGCUGUUCUCUUUACUCUCUAGCAGAUUCGCUGCAUACGAAUAUAUUUCUGAAGGCAGGUAACUUGCAGAUGAAUAACAAAUACAUAGAAAAAACAGUACUAGUUCAUAUGGAUAUGAGAGCCAUGCAUCUUCGGUACGCCAUUAACGCAUAAACCAGCAAAUGAGAGAAACCGGUCAUUCUUGCAGAUAAUUGAAUUUAACAUAUCUAACUCUCAUUAGAACGGAAAACAUGUCUUCUUUCCUAUCAAUUAUUGGUUCAUCUGCUGCUGUUGAUUUCUAACUGAAAAACAAUUCGUUUGGUCAAAUAUGUCAUAAUAGACGGAACAAAUCCGGAAAACGUUGACAACACUGAAGAUUAGAAAUAUGCUUCAUGAGGACGCCGCGUAUUUCCAGUUCAUUUAAAAUUCGACUUGGAAUUUCGCUCCUCUGUGAUGCUCUACGAUCAUGAUUCACUGUUAUCUUGUGUUGUAGUUAUCGUACCGUAUCGUAGAGGAGCGGAAAUCACAAGUUUAAUUUUACUUAGAUUGUGCGUAUUUCUAGCCACAUCCAAACCGAUGGAAGUUUGAUGUAGGAACAGAAGUUAUGAUAAGGUAAACUCUACAAGUUAAGAAGGACGUUAAGAAAAUCUUCGUUAAGAGACUUUCCCUUAAUUCUGUCAUGCUUUCCUAUGGAAACUAUUUAAAUUAAGCAAUAUUGAUGAAACUGGGGCAUGACAACACUGAAACUAUAGAAGGCGAAAGAGUAAAAGAAACCACGUGAGUGUGUCCAAUGGUUUAAGACAUGGAACAAGAAGUAGACUGCUGGGAUUGUAGAAGUGGAAACUUGGAGGUCCGCCAUCCUGGUCCAAUCUCGAGAAAUAAAACACCAAUAACAACUCCUACGAGAUAUACACUGUACCAAUGGCAUAACGUGUAAGGUGUAGAAUUAAUGAGUUUCCGUUCAGACUCUAAAACUGAACACAGUGAAAAUUCUGAGAAUUAUUAUAUGAAUAAAGUGAAUGUAUAAAAUCA